ACCCUGACAUUUUUUAAUGGGAACAGACAACCAGACGUGGGUGAGAGAGUUCAUUCUCCUCGGCCUGUCCAGGGACUGGGACACUCAGGUGUCUCUCUUUGUCCUGUUCGUGGUCAUGUACCUGGUGACAGUGCUGGGGAACCUCCUCAUUGUCCUUCUGAUCAGACUGGACGGCCGACUGCACACUCCCAUGUACUUCUUUCUCACCAACCUCGCCCUCGUCGACGUCUCCUAUGCCACGAGCAUCGUCCCUCAGAUGUUGGCUCAUUUUCUUGCUGAACAGAAAGUGAUCCCCUAUGUGAGCUGUGCAGCACAGUUAUUUUUCUCCUUAGGACUGGGUGGCAUUGAGUUUGUUCUACUGGCAGUGAUGGCCUACGAUCGCUACGUGGCUGUAUGUGAUCCCCUGAGGUACUCAGUCAUCAUGCAUGGAGGGCUCUGUGCUAGGCUGGCCAUCACUUCCUGGGUCAGUGGCUCUGUGAACUCUCUCAUGCAGACUGUCAUCACCUUUCAGCUGCCCAUGUGCUCAAAUAAGUUUAUUGAUCACAUAUCCUGUGAGCUCCUAGCUGUGGUCAGACUGGCCUGUGUGGACACCUCCUCCAAUGAGAUCGCAAUCAUGGUUUCUAGCAUUGUCUUGCUGAUGUCCCCAUUCUUUCUGGUCCUCUUGUCCUACAUCAAGAUCAUCACCGCCAUCCUACAGAUCAGGUCCACAGAGGGCAGGAAGAAAGCCUUCCACACCUGUGCCUCUCACCUCACAGUGGUGGUCCUGUGCUAUGGCAUGGCCAUUGUCACUUACAUCCAGCCCCGCUCCAGCCCCUCUGUCCUCCAAGAGAAGUUGAUCUCUCUCUUUUAUGCCAUUCUGACGCCCAUGCUGAACCCCAUGAUUUACAGUCUAAGGAAUAAGGAGGUAAAUGGGGCCUGGCAGAAACUCUUGGGGCAAUUAUCUGGAUUCACAUUAAAACUGGCAACUUGAUGAAUCAUGAGCACCACUUAGAGAAAAGGACUUUAACUGUGUGUUCUUCCACUUAACUCAGACAUGACAGGCAUCAACUGCAUCACCAUGGCAACUAGGAAGAAGAUGAUGAUAAGUGUACUGAUGGUGUGGGUAGGAGGCUGAGUGGUUGGCUUGGGAUGUUGAAUGUAGAAAUAUUUUAAUGUCCCAGCCCCAUGUGCAGUGGAGUUCAGGACUGCUGCCAUGGAACUUCACACUCACUCAGUCUCCUUUCCUGACAGUAACUGAAAAACAUAUUGCCAUUUGCUCUUUUGAUUUGUCAUGUUGUUUGGAAUCAUGGACCUAUCUUGGAUCUUCAGUUGGACCACUGGUGCUUGUUCCUCCACAUUUUGUCUGAGGUUAUUGUGUUUCCACUGGGGGCAAAACACUUCACAUUUUAAGUCAUUGAAAAAUAUGGGUGGUAUAUGUAAGCACAUCCUGCAACUG